GCUCGGCGGCGGCGGGCCCGGCCCGGGGGCGAGCGCGGCGCAGCCCAGCCCGGCGAGCGCGGACCGGCCCGCAGCCCCGGCGCCGCCAUGGUGGAGGCGGCGCCCCCCGGGCCCGGGCCGCUGCGGAGGACCUUCCUGGUGCCCGAGAUCAAGUCGCUGGACCAGUACGACUUCGCGCGGGCCAAGGCGGCGGCCAGCCUGGCGUGGGUGCUGCGGGCCGCGUUCGGGGGCGCAGAGCAUGUGCCCCCAGAGCUGUGGGAGCCCUUCUACACGGACCAGUACGCGCAGGAGCACGUGAAGCCCCCGGUGACGCGGCUGCUGCUCUCGGCCGAACUCUACUGCCGGGCCUGGCGCCAGGCGCUGCCGCAGCUCGAGUCGCCCCCCAGCCCCUCGGCGCUGCUGGCCCUGCUGGCGCGGAGGGGCACGGUACCCGCCCUGCCGGAGCGCCCAGUGCAGGAGGCUGACCUCAGGCACCAGCCUCUCCUCAUGGGAGCCCACCUCGCUGUCAUUGAUGCCCUCAUGGUGGCCUUCGCCCUGGAGUGGACAAAGACCCUGCCUGGCCCCUUGGCCCUGGCCAGCUUGGAGCACAAGCUCCUCUUCUGGGUGGACACGACCAUCCGGCGGCUGCAGGAGAAGACGGAGCAGGAAGCCGCCCAGAGAGCAUCCUCCGCGGCACCUGCGGAUGGAGUGGCGCCUGCGCAGCCGUCGUGCCCCACACGCUGGUACUGGAAGCUGGUUCCUCACGCAAUUGCCUUCUGUUUGAAGGAGUCGGGGAGCAAACCCCCCAUGAUCCGGUACCGCAAGGACCGCGCUGUGGCUCGACGCGCCCCCUGCUUCCCCACCGUGACCAGCCUCCAGGACCUGGCGAGUGGGGCUGCGCUGGCCGCCACGAUCCAUUGCUACUGUCCACAGCUCUUGCGGCUCGAGGAGGUGUGCCUCAAGGACCCCAUGUCUGUGGCUGACAGCCUAUACAACCUCCAGCUGGUGCAGGACUUCUGUGCCUCCCGCCUUCCUCGUGGCUGUCCACUCUCCCUCGAGGACCUGCUGUAUGUCCCACCACCCCUCCAGAUCAACCUGGUGGGGCUGCUGGCUGAGAUGUUCCUGUGCUUUGAGGUGCUGAAGCCUGACUUCGUGCAGGCCAAGGACCUGCCUGAUGGUCACGCUGCCCCCCCCCGGGCCACGGAGGCCUCCACAUCUCAGAACAACAGUGGCAGCAGUUCUCCUGUCUUCAACUUCCGUCACCCACUCCUGUCACCUGGCGGGCCCCAGUCCCCGCUCCGUGGAUCCACAGGCUCACUGAAGUCCUCCCCAUCCAUGUCCCACAUGGAGGCCCUCGGCAAGGCCUGGAACCGUCAGCUCAGCCGCCCCCUUUCCCAGGCUGUGUCAUUCAGCACCCCCUUUGGCCUGGACAGCGACGUGGAUGUCGUCAUGGGAGACCCCGUCCUGCUCCGAUCAGUCAGCUCAGACAGCCUGGGUCCCCCACGCCCCGUGCCUGCCCGGACCCCCCAGCCACCCCCGGAGCCCGGCGACCUGCCUACCAUCGAGGAGGCCCUGCAGAUCAUUCACAGUGCCGAGCCCCGGCUGCUCCCGGAUGGGGCUGCCGACGGCAGCUUCUACCUCCACUCCCCAGAGGGGCUCUCCAAACUGCCGCUGGCUUCCCCCUACCCGCCCGAUGGGCCCACCAAAGCAGCCACCUACUUGCCCCACCCAGAGAGCCCCUUGAAACCGUCUCCCUGCCUGGUGGGGGAGGUGGUGAAACCGCUGCCCCCCUCUGAGGCCUCCCCGAAGGCAGCGGCUUCAUCCCCAGCGGCCAGCAACUCUGAAGUGAAGAUGACCAGCUUUGCUGAACGCAAGAAGCAACUGGUGAAGGCUGAGGCCGAGGCAGGGUCCCCGGCAGCCACCCCAGCAGCCCCAGAGGCCCUGAGCUCAGAGAUGAGUGAGCUUGGAGCACGGCUGGAGGAGAAACGGCGGGCCAUUGAGGCCCAGAAGCGGCGGAUCGAGGCAAUCUUCGCCAAGCACCGCCAGCGACUGGGCAAGAGCGCCUUCCUGCAGGUGCAGCUGCGGGAGGCCGGAGGGGAGGCGGAGGCAGAGGUGGAGCUGGGCCUGGCCCCUGGUGCAGAGCGGCCAGCAGGCGAGGGCCAGGGGGAGCCAUCUCCACGGCCCAAGGCAGUGACCUUCUCACCGGAACUGGGCCCAGUGCCCCCUGAGGGGCUGGGGGACUAUAACCGGGCAGUCAGCAAGCUGAGCGCGGCACUAAGUUCGCUGCAGCGGGAUAUGCAGCGGCUCACGGACCAGCAGCAGCGGCUCCUGGUGCCGCCCGAGGCCCCUGGGCCUGCCCAACCACCUGCUGCCUGGGUCAUCCCAGGUCCCACGACAGGCCCCAAAGCCUCAUCUCCCAGCCCCAUCCGGCGUGCCCCAGCCGCCCGGCGCAGCCCUGGGCCCGGCCCCAGCCCGACACCCCGCAGCCCAAAGCACACACGGCCGGCAGAGCUGCGGCUGACACCCCUGACCAGGGUGCUCACGCCCCCCCACGAUGUAGACAGCCUCCCCCACCUGCGCAAGUUCUCGCCGAGCCAGGUGCCCAUGCAGACACGCUCCUCCAUCCUCCUGGCGGAGGGAUCGCCUCCCGAGGAGCCCACAGCCCGGCCCGGCCUCAUCGAGAUCCCACUGGGCAGCCUGGAAGAGCCCACGGCUGAGGACGAGGGAGACGGGAGCCCCCCUGGUGCUGAGGAUUCCUUAGAGGAAGAGGCGUCUUCAGAGGGAGAGCCCCGGGCUGGGCUGGGAUUCUUCUAUAAGGGUGAGGACAAGCCCGAGGACGAGAUGGCCCAGAAGCGGGCCAGCCUUCUGGAGCGGCAGCAACGGCGGGCAGAGGAGGCGCGGCGGCGGAAGCAGUGGCAGGAGGCUGAGAAGGAGCAGCGGAGGGAGGAGGCUGCGAGGCUGGCUCAGGAGGCUGCUGCCCCUGGUCUGCCAGCCCCCACAGCCCCGGUGGCCGCUCCCGUGGCCUCUGCUGCCCGUGUCCCAGCCGAGGAGGAGGUGGGCCCCCGGCGGGGCGAAUUCACACGGCUGGAGUAUGAACGCCGGGCCCAGCUGAAGCUGAUGGACGACCUCGACAAGGUGCUGCGGCCGCGGGCGGCGGGGACAGGGGGGCCAGGCCGGGGCGGGCGGAGAGCCCCCCGGCCACGCUCUGGCUGCUGUGAUGACUCGGCCCUGGCACGGAGCCCUGCCCGCAGCCUGCUGGGCUCUCGGCUCAGCAAAGUCUACUCCCAGUCCACCCUGUCCCUGUCAACCGUGGCCAACGAGGCGCCCAGUAACCUCGGUGUGAAGAGGUCGUCUCGGGCUCCAUCCCCGUCCAGCCUCAUGUCUCCCAGCCGCCAGCCCGGGGGCCGGGAGCGGGACUGGGAGAAUGGCAGCAAUGCCUCCUCCCCGGCGUCGGUGCCCGAGUACACAGGUCCACGGCUAUACAAGGAGCCCAGCGCCAAGUCUAACAAGUUCAUCAUCCACAACGCCCUGUCGCACUGCUGCCUGGCGGGCAAGGUCAAUGAGCCGCAGAAGAACCGCAUUCUGGAGGAAAUCGAGAAGAGCAGGGCCAACCACUUCCUGAUCCUCUUCCGGGACUCCAGCUGCCAGUUCCGUGCCCUCUACACGCUCUCCGGGGAGUCGGAGGAGCUGACACGGCUGGCAGGCUACGGCCCCCGGACCGUCACGCCUGCCAUGGUCGAGGGCAUCUACAAGUACAACUCGGACCGCAAGCGCUUCACCCAGAUCCCCGCCAAGACCAUGUCCAUGAGCGUGGAUGCCUUCACCAUCCAGGGCCACCUCUGGCAGGGCAAGAAGCCCACCACGCCCAAGAAGGGUGGCAGCACCCCCAAAUAGCCCCAUCCCGGUGGUCUGUGGGCUGGGCCCCAUGCGGCCCCCGUGCUCUGGCCCUCGUCCGCCCGGAGGACAGCCGGUCGGAAUUCCUGGGUACUGUCUGUCCCCAACCUUGUUUGGGUGGGGCUGGAGUCCCCACCCCCUGACAUUUGUCCUGUCCUGCUGUGGGGGCUGAGCUGGGAGGUUCAGGGACUCAGGGCUCGGCUCAGUCCCCCGUCUGUCCUCCCCACCUUCUUGAAUAAAAUAAUUGCGUGAGCUUGA